AUGUCCGCACCAGUAACGAGUCGAGACGAGGCUCGCAAACUCGUUCAAUCCAUCGCUCAGAACCAUGGCUACGUUGAUGAAGACGACUGGAAGUUAGUACCGUCUGACGUUCGCGAAAGACUACAAAAUGCAGUGGGUGGCUUGCAGGGCAUCGCCGGAGUUACAAUUUCUACUCUGGCGACAAAUAUAUACACUAGUGAUGCACGAUUUGUAUUUGAGCUGCUGCAGAAUGCCGAAGAUAACUCUUUCCAUAAAGCACGUGAAGCAAACUUGACCCGGUAUGUCUCCUUCGAAGUUCAUCCUGAUCACAUCAUUACCGAGUGCAACGAAGAUGGCUUCGAAUCCAAGAACCUCAAAGCCAUCUGCGAUAUUGGACAAAGUUCAAAAACGGGUGUUCAGAAUGGAUAUAUCGGCCAAAAGGGCAUUGGCUUCAAAUCUGUCUUCAAGAUGGCGUGGAAAGUUUAUAUCCAAUCCGGUCACUUCAGUUUCGCCUUCGAGCACAGAAAUGGGGACAAUGGAUUGGGAAUGAUUCGUCCAAUUUGGUGUGAGCCAGGUGAGGGCCCGCCGCAUCCAACAACGCGAAUGAAACUACUUCUUGGUGAUGGCCGCAGCCCUAUUCUACCCAGUGACUACGAUAUUAUCCUAGAUCAAUUCAACAGUUUAAACGAGAACAUACUACUCUUCAUGCGGAAUCUGGAAGAAAUCCGCAUAUCCAUCUUUGAUAACGGGGGGAAAAUGGAAAAAUCAUAUAUUUUUUCGAAGCUGCGUAUCAGUGCAAAUGUCAUCCGGGUCACUAAAGUAACGAAUGCAGCUGACUCCAUCGAAACCGGGUCUAAAGAUUACUAUAUUUUCAAGCACAACGUUGAAAACCUCGACAAACACGACAAUCGUAUCUAUUCAGAAGACGAAGAGGCAACCAAAGCAUAUGCUUCGGCAGAGAUCUUCCUAGGUUUCCCAUUAACCGAGGAAUCAAUCCCAAUUCUGGAAUACGAACAUAUUUUUGCAUAUUUGCCUAUGAAGCAAGCAGGAUUUACCUUUUUAAUCAAUAGCGACUUUGUCACUCAGGCGAAUCGGCAAGACAUUGUUAUGACAUCUCGCAGAAAUCUAGGCCUUCGAAAGGGCAUAGUUGAAGCAUUCAUCCAAGCUAUCAUGAAAUUUUGCCAUCAUCCAAAACUUCAAUAUACUUGGAUGAGAUUUUUACCACGCAAGGAUCAACAUUACGAUGCAUUUUGGUCUCAACUAGUUACAUUACUAGAAGAAAGACUGAAAGAAACCCCAGUACUGCGACCAAUAUGCGAAGAUUCUUUGCGCUUAAUUACUUCUCUCCAUUUCCCAUUAAGCUCUCAACUUGAUUGCCAUGGAAAUCCAUUAUUUGAGGAUAUAUAUAGAGGAGCUUACAUCUCAAAACAGUACAGCGAGUUGGACAUUAAAACACUACGUUCUUACGGCUUAACAGAAUACCCUAUGUCUUACGUUCUGUCUGCUUUAUCAUUAUACAGCUAUUCAGCGGAAUCGAAAUUGAGAUCCAAAGAUGCGGAUGAUGACUGGCAUACGCGAGCUUCAAAGUACUUAAGCAGCAUGUUGCACGAGACGUGGUACAAGAACUCAUUGUGCAGUUUUCCAUUGCUGCCACUUCAAGAUGGGACAUGGAUUGCACCUGAUGAUGAAGCAGUAUAUUUCCCUAAAACCAAGACUGGACUAGAGAUUCCACCAGAAGUCGACCUCAAAAUCAUCGAUUCAAAAGCUGCUCACAAUGUACAUCGUCGACACCUUUUCCACCAACUGGGCGUGCGAGAGGUCGAAAUUUCCUACUUGCGUCUUGUUAUUCUGGCGAGUGGGUUCAGGGUUACAGCAUCGUCAUCAUCGUUGAAACAACUCCAAUUUAUGUUCUUAACAGACAAACUCAGAGGCCUGUGGGAAAACAAAGAAAACAUUUUGAUAGUGGACAGUGAAGGUCAAAAACAGUCGGCGUAUGUUAUAGAUGUAUACAUGCCUGACAGCGGCAACAUUUUUGGUCCUUCAGAGCUCCUUGGAAAAGUCAAACGAACAGAUGGUAUAUAUUUUAAGUUCCUCCACCACUCUUGUAUGGGUAGCAUAUUUGAGAAGGAAGAUGAGAACUUGAUCAGCUCGUGGAAGGACUGGCUUUGCAGCUAUGCUGGGGUGAGGCGCCAUAUACGAAUUAUAUCUCAACAUAACACGAACGAACUCUCAAAGGAAUGCCUAUACAUUGCAGCCAAUCAUGCCGAUAAAUUCCUUGGAUAUUUGCGUUAUAGCUGGAAGCAGGAGCGCAAAACGAUAGAAUCCACUCCUGGCUUGAUUCGACAGCUUAAACGAGUCGUCGUUCCCUGCUAUGGCGGCAAAUCGACGCAUAUUAAGUUUAUUUAUCUUCCGUUACCAAACCUGCAACGCCAGUGGGAAAGAUUUUCAAGGGGCUCUGAAAUCUUUCCGUUCAUCAAGCUCGAUAAAGAAAUCACACGCGAGACAUAUGUGCAAGAUUGGGGCUUUCUUGUUUCAUGCCUUUCGGUUGGCGUUGAGGACAAUAUUCGGUUCUACCUCUGGAUCCUGUUCUAUAUUAUGUCUCACCACAAGGGAGGGGAUAUAGAUGAUGCUUUUCGUAUAAUCGACCUUUACAAGCACAUCCAUAACAGAUAUGUUGAGAGUGAUGAGGCUGAGAAAAAGAAGCAAAAGGAAUAUAUCCGAAAGUUCUUUCAGAGGAAUCCAUUAAUAUAUGUUCCAAAGACCAAAUACAGUGCUUCAUCACACAUGUUCCCGAAAGAUUGUGUGUGGGAAGGCCCCGAAAGUUUAACCAACAAAGCACCGCUCCGGGCUCGAUAUCAAGCUAUGUCAAUUAGUAAUUUGUCAUCGAUUGCAUCCUUUAUGACCGAUGUACUCGAUAUAGGCCACUGCGACGAAGAAAUCAUUUGCAAUCAGCUAGACGAUUUAAGAAGUUGCGGUUCCAAUGAUUUUGACAGAAUCAAGGACCUAUAUACUUCGCUCUGGGGCAUGUUGCGUAAGAAGAAGCUGAAUGAUUCUAAGGAAUUAAUGAAAAGCAAAUUCGCAGAUAAAGCUCUGAUAUAUACAAAGUCUGACAAUUGCUGGAGCAAAAUUUCUCAAUGUCUCUGGUCUAAGUCAACUAUUCGCAGCAAGAAGGCCCUGGAGAGCGACUACAAUGAAUUGAAGACGUUUUUCGUCGACAUCCUGGGUGUGGAGACGCUCAAUAUUGGGGUGAUUUACCGCGAGCUCUCAAGGCUAGGAGAGUCGACACCUACGGUCGAAUUGGUAAAGGAACAGUUAUUCGCCUUCAAGGACCACCUACAUACUAUCGACAGCUAUAAAAACAUCAAUCCAGAUGGAAUGAGAAAACUCACUAUUUUUCCUGUCCGAUAUCCUGGCGCUCAGCAAGACGUCCGAUUUUGUGACGGCAAUGCAGAGUUCGCGAUAGCGGACAGACGUCCUCUAGAAGAGAGCUUUCAACAAAAGAUCAAAAUGUUGGGCUUCGCAUUUGACGAAGUCCAUUCUCUAGGCCCUGUUAUAAGAUGGUUAGCUCUAGAGGAAAGAUAUCUUUCAUACCUAGUCACGGAAACGUCCAAAGUGGAAGACGAUGACCGUGUUCUGAAUCACGCGCUGAGUCAUAGCAUCGAAUCAAGAGCCCUUGCUUUAUGCCGGAUUGCCAAACAUUUUAGUUUCCCAAGAUGGCGUACUAGUGAGGAGAUACACAAAUUGUAUUAUCUGCUAAAAGAAGCCAAGGUUUUUGAGACAGAUAAAAUAUCUUGCAUACAACUCGUACAACAAGGUGGCCAGUCCUAUUCUCAUGAGAUAAGACGCGGUAAAUUUCAUCUGGAAGAGUCUAGUAAAGGCCUUGAUAUCUUCGUUCCUCUGGAGCAAAAGUCUCGAGCGCUUUGUCUCGCUCGAGAUUUGCCUGCGCGAUUAUUUAAAUGGCUGACAACGAAUCGCUCUGCGGAUGAUCCCAGCUCUACCUACGAACGAAGCUAUUCACUAGUAAAGGAUAUCUUGAAAGAAGAUUCUUAUGCCUAUAACCACAUUCUUUUUGAGGAAGGUAUAAUUGAAAUCACAAUAGAGGGUGAGGAGCUUUCUGGUGAAGACUCGAUCUUGAUUAGCUCGGUGACAGGAGAUGCCUCCGAGCUGCGUGGUUCGACAGAAAUUGUAUCAGAUAUGUCGACUCCAUCAACGGAUAUCUCCUCUCCAAGGACGAUCUUCGAUCACGAUGCGAUACGACCUACUGUUGCUCAUCAAGAUACAACUGUUUCCAUUAGCCGGUUUGCAUCUUCGCCGAGUGCCAAUAGGCUUUUUAUACAGGAAACGUCAUCGAAUGCUUCUGCAGAAAAUGUUGAAGUGUCUACCUCUAUACAGAGGGAAUCUUUAUCGGUUGAUCUCGUAUAUUUUGGGCUGUUAAGGCAUGUCGUCUCUGCUGCACGAAGAGCGCCGUUUCCGACAAAGGGUAUUUUCGACCUGGAUACUCUUCGAGAAUCUUUACCCUUACUUUCCAGUGUUUUUGGAAUUCCGUGGUAUGAAAAAAUUGACAGUACCUUUCCCCAAUUGGAGAGAGACAAGAUGAUUGGAGCUGCAGGAGAGCUAUAUGUGUUUGAACUUCUAAAAGCGUGUAAUCCCUCGCUACCAGAUUUUGGCAUAGAUAAUUGGAAGAGCAAGAUUCGAUCGUAUGCGAAGAAGCAUCCGGAAUAUGCAUCUAUGCUACCUUGGCAUGGCCGCGAGACGUCAGAUCUUGUCUAUCACGACAAAAUGGGAACUUUCACAAAGUUACUCAUAGACAACUGUUAUUUUAAUGCCAGUACAUGGGAGCAUAGAAGGCCAACAUACAACUUUGAGGUAAAAACGACGGUUUCCUCUUGCGAGACUCGCUUCUUUGUAAGCAAGAACCAGUACAAAAUGUUACACGAUAACCGUGGAAAAGAAGAUUCCGUAUACAUUAUCAUGAGAGUCUUUAAUGUCGGGAAUGCUAAUAUCGGGCUGCGUCUCUAUGUGGACCCAGCGGAGUUGGAGGCCAAAGAAGAGCUUUUGUUUACAGCCGAAACGUGGUCUGUUGUGCCUGGCGCUUAG